AAAUGAAUGGAAUGGAAUGCUGUUGUCCUUCUCCUCCUGUAGAUCGACUAAGCCGUGAUACCGUGACCUAUCACAGCCCUGCCUUACCCGAUGACGUCCGUCCUUCAAUGAAUCCCUUCGGUGCCUAAGUCUAAGCCCCCCGUUCAAGUCAAGGUGGAUGACGCUGCUUCGAUUUCCUGAAUUUUUAUUUUCUUACUAUUCAUAGCCGCCUGAUUCCUUUCCUCGAUCGGCCCCCAAUGAGUCCGGUGAAUAGUCUGUGGUUCAAGUGGAAGAGCCUUCGAUUGCCGUGGCGAAAAUCCUUCCUCGUUGGAACGGAUCUCUCCGGAAACACAUUCUGGGAAUUUAAAGAUGCCCUGAAUGCUGCGCGAUACCGACGGAUCGUCAAGUUCAACCCUAAAACCCAUUACGCUGACGUCCAAGUGAGCCCACAAUGGCACCAGUGGCUCCGCUACGUCCGAGCCGAACCACCCUCCGUCCAAGAACAGCAACAAGAUGUCCUCCGCCAGAUUCAAAUCAAGCAACUGGCUCGGCUAGCCGAUGAGCGCUGGGCCAGCAAGCCCUCCUACCUCGACAUGCCACAGACCAAACAACCAGCGCCAGCAGCCCAAACGACAGACGCGACCAUGAAUACAUCCACGGAGGGCAACAGUACUGCCCCUCCACCCCAACAAAAAGCAGAGAAUGCCGAGACCCCGGCCGCUAAAAAGGACCCCUGGGCUGCAGCCCGAGGAGCUCCUAGCCAGGAGUGGGAGCCGCAAACCUGGACACCGAAACCGUCUCAACGAUGAGGUUGAAGGACGGGAUAGAAAUUAGGAUUGUCGAUCUUUAUCUCGUCGGUAGAUUACACGCGCCGUUUGAAUGAUUACGUCCCGACUGUCGCGAUUGAGCGCUGUCAAUUCCAAUUCGUGGCCCGGUUACUAUGUGGCUUGUUAUGGCUCGGAGUUAUCAGGUAGCUUUGGUUUCAAAGCUGUAUUGCGCUUUUCUCCCGUCGGAGAAAUAUGGGGACACGACUGCGCUAUAUCUGCUGGUGAUCUGGGGCAAGGCUGGAUUCAGGCCCAUUCAAGGGCUCUGGAUAUAAUGAUAUUGUCCGAGUGGUUUAAUACUACUUCACAUUGGAAAAUGGAGUUUGAUCUGGAUCUUUGUACUUUAGAUAUGUAUUUUAUGAGAUUCAUGCUCUUUUGGGGUGGAAUGGGCUCUGUGUAUAAUAGUUGUGCUAUAUGCUAGAAGACUUUCUUACAUGUCAGUGUCCACCAAGACAUUCGCGGCUUUCACAUGACAUUCGAUCCGAUAUUAUAAUUAAUCCACCAAUAAAGAAGACUUAAGCAAUGAGAAG